GUUUCUGCGGCUCGCGGCCCGCCCGGGGCUCUCAGGCGGGGGCGCCGGCGGAAGUGGGGGCGCCAGCAGGUGUGGACCUCGUACGUGGCAGGUUCCUCGGUCUUUAGCGAAAGUGCGACUGCGGACGAGCGGCUACGCGCGGGGCUCGGCGGAGGCGCACUGGGGCUCCCGGCGGCGACGACUACGACGACGACGACGACAAGGAGGAGGAGAGCGAACGGAGGCGGCGCCUGAGGCAGCAGCGGAGCCCAUGCCCCGGGACGGCGGGCGGGCCCGGAGAGACGAGUUCGGGGCCCGGGGCAUGUCCCCAGGGCCCCCGUGAGGAGGCGACGGCGGCGAUGGAGAUCCCGCCGCAGGAGGCGCCGCCCGGGCCGGGCGCGGACGCCGAGGCGGACGCCGACGCCGAGGAGGCCCCCGCCGAGGCCGGGUCUCCCAGCCCAGCCUCGCCCCCGGCCGACGGGCGCCUCAAGGCUGCAGCUAAACGCGUCACGUUCCCAUCGGACGAGGAUAUCGUGUCGGGAGCGGUGGAGCCCAAAGACCCCUGGAGACAUGCCCAGAACGUGACUGUGGAUGAGGUGAUCAGCGCCUACCGGCAGGCCUGCCAAAAACUCAACUGCAGACAGAUCCCCAAGCUCCUCAGGCAGCUGCAGGAGUUCACGGACCUUGAGCAACGCAUUGACUGCCUGGACCUGAAAGGGGAGAAGCUCGACUACAAGGCCUGUGAGGCCCUGGAGGAGGUCUUCAAGAGGCUGCAGUUCAGGGUGGUGGACCUGGAGCAGACCAGCCUGGAUGAAGACGGUGCCUCAGCCCUCUUCGACAUGAUCGAGUACUAUGAGUCAGCCACUCACCUCAACAUCUCCUUCAACAAGCACAUCGGCACCCGGGGCUGGCAGGCCGCCGCCCACAUGAUGCGCAAGACAAGCUGCCUGCAGUGCCUGGACGCCCGCAGCACGCCCCUGCUGGACCACUCGGCCCCGUUCGUGGCGCGCGCCCUGCGCAUCCGCAGCAGCCUGGCGGUGCUGCAUCUGGAGAAUGCCAGCCUGUCGGGGCGGCCCCUCGUGCUGCUCGCCACAGCACUGAAGAUGAACGUGAACCUGCGGGAGCUGUACCUGGCCGACAACAAACUCAACGGGCUGCAGGACUCAGCGCACCUGGGCAACCUGCUCAAGUUCAACUGCUCACUGCAGAUCCUGGAUCUUCGCAACAACCACGUGCUGGACUCAGGUCUGGCCUACAUCUGUGAGGGUCUCAAGGAGCAGAGGAAGGGGCUUGCGACCCUGGUGCUGUGGAACAACCAGCUCACGCACACGGGCAUGGCCUUCCUGGGCAUGACACUGCCUCAUACACAGAGCCUGGAGACGCUGAACCUGGGCCACAACCCCAUCGGGAAUGAGGGCGUGCGCAACCUCAAGAACGGGCUGAUCGGCAACCGCAGCGUGGUGCGCCUCGGCCUGGCCUCCACCAAGCUCACGUGCGAGGGCGCGGUGGCGGUGGCAGAGUUCAUCGCCGAGUGCCCCCGCCUCCUGAGACUGGACCUGCGGGAGAACGAGAUCAAGACGGGCGGGCUCAUGGCACUGUCGUUGGCCCUCAAGGUGAACCACUCCCUGCUGCGCAUGGACCUCGACCGUGAGCCCAAGAAGGAGGCGGUGAAGAGCUUCAUCGAGACGCAGAAGGCGCUGCUGACCGAGAUCCAGAACGGCUGCAAGCGCAACUUCUUGCUGGCGCGGGAGCGGGAGUGCAAGGAGAAGGAGCAGCAGCUGCAGCCGUCGACUUCCAUGCCCGAGAUCACCAUCACCGAGCCUCAGCCUCUCGAGGAGCCUGGGGAUGUGCCCACUGCAGGGGCGCAGAAUGGGGCUGCACGUCCCGGGCCAGCCCCAGACUCGGACUCGGACUCUGAGGAGGACUCUGAGGAGGAUGAAAAGGCCGAGAACGUGGAGGAGGAGGACGAGGAGGAUGGGCAGACGGAUGAGGCCAGCAGUGACCAGGCCCCCUGCCCUGCCCUAGUUCCCCCCACGGACUCCCUGAGCCCUGGGGACAGGAACCCCCCAGGCAGGCCUUCCUCACCCACUGAGCAGCGUAUUUCGGUGUCUAGCCCAGGGCGGGGUCACAAAGUGUUUGUGGUGACCCGAGUGGAGAGUCCACCUGAGAGGGCAGAGCCCCCCAUUCUUCCCACCUUUGUCUCCCCAGCCCCACCUUCCCUUCCCUCCCCACCCACCUCACCCAUCCUAUCGCCAGCUCAGCCCCUUGACACGCAGGAUCCAGGGUCACCUGAACCUCAACCUCAGCUGGAGUCACCUCAGUCAGGGCCACUGCUACCCAACGGCCUGAAGCCUGAGUUUGCCCUGGCACUGCCCCCAGAGCCACCCCCGGGGCUGGAGGCCAAGGGGGGCAGUUGCAGCCUGGAGCACGAGCUGCACUGCCCCCAGGAUGACAGGGAGCUGGAGAAGCUGCUUCUGGAGGCUAGUCAGGAGGCCGCACAGGAGACACUGUGACACUUAACUCCUUCGAUGACCCAAGGCCAGAGCCAUGAGAACCUUUUCCCUCCCCCAGCCCUCCAAGGCCCAGGAUGCCAGAGGCAGGGGCGUCCCAGCCGGGCUUGUCACAGCAGCUACAGCGGUGCUGGUGCUGUGGAGUGGACUCAACACUUCUAUUUAUGUGUCUGCAGCCGACACUCAGACUCGGGGCUGGGGGCAUGGGAGGAGGAGGAAAGCUCCAAGGUCACCUGGCACAAGACCCCCCACUCCCCCACCCCCCAUUCUGGAGGGCCCACUGGAGCAGGCCUGCCCUGUUGAAGGCAGAAGUCCAGGGUGGGAGUGGGUGGCCCCCAGCCCCGCACAGAAGUAGGCAGGUGGCUGGGGGUUGGUGAGCGGCAGUGGUGGACAGCACCAGAGGCCCUGAGAGGUUGGCCUGGUGGGCUGGGGCUGGUGCAGCGGGUUAGAGCUUUCUUUUUCGUAAGUGCAAUAAACCUGUCAGGGAGCUGGGGCACGCAGCAGUGGGUUCUGGGGACCCUGCCACCCAGGCCACUUGAGGCUGUGCCCUGGGAGGCACUACAA